AUGAUCGUUGAUAAGAUCCAUGUAACCGACGAUCUCCGAGUCGAGCGCCGUUUCGCUGAUAUCAACGGCAAGACAUAUGGUUAUCUCUACAGUGAGCCCGAUACAGGGCUUCAUGGCUUUCCAGAUCUGUCAAUGGGGUGGCGGUAUCAGAUUCCCAUGUUGAGGGAUAUGGGGCUGAGGGUCAUUGCGCCAGACUGCCUAGGGUACGGGAGGACGGACGCUCCAGAAGAUCCACAUCAUUAUUCGCACAAGAGGUGCGCCAAUGAUAUCAAAGAACUCGCCUUCCAGCUUGGAAUUUCCAAAAUUAUUGUCGCCGGACAUGAUUGGGGCGCCGCUCUCGCAUACCGUGUAGCCCUCUGGCACCCAGAGCUAGUAACACACAUCAUCACCGUCUGUGUACCAUACGCCGCGCCAACGAGGCGAUACUUUCGCCUUAAAGACAUGGUAGAAAAGAUAGCGCCUCAUUUCUAUUAUCAGCUACAGUUCAUCAGCGGAGAACUGGAUAAAUACGUUCAGACCAAAGAAGAUAUCAAGAGAUUCCUCUCCGCCAUGUACGGCGGGCGGACCCCUGAAAACGAAAUGGCGUUUGAUGCAGAGCUGGGCAUUCUGCCCGACAAGUUGGCGCGUGUACUCCCCUCAGAGUUAUUAAGCGAGGAAGAACUUGAAUACUAUGCGGAGGAGUUCUCGAGGAACGGCUUCCAUGGUCCAUUUAACUGGUACCGAACCCGGGAAAUCAAUUACAGAGAGGAACUCGCCAUCCUCAACAAACACAUCACUGCUCCGGUGCUCUUCAUUCAGGCCCUCCGCGAUACGGCUCUUCCGGCACAUCUCGGCAGGGGAAUGACCAGGACUAUACCCCAUAUGACCUUCAAGCAGAUCAAUACCUCGCAUUGGGCGCUAUGGGAGAAACCAGGAGAGGUCAAUGAGAUCAUUGCGUGGUGGUUGGAGGAGGUUGUGUUCCGAGACCCGAGGAUGUUCAAGUUGUGA